AUGUGGUGUCAUCAAUGUUGUUGUGUUUAUCUCAUGAGAAGAGGCGGCGUUAGAUCCUCCCGAGAUACUCCAAAAGCCUCAGUUGCCCAAUUUUCCCUCACGAAAAUGCACACCACCACAUCCAUUCUCCUGCUGCUAGCCACUGCUACCGUUAUUUUUUGUACCGAAGGAGUGGCUGUAAAUCCAGCGGCUGCCGCUUCUUCCCAGGCCGUUAUUGCUGCUGCAGCAGCUACUGCCUCCAACCUUCCUACCCAUUAUGAGCAAUCCCCAGCAUCCCGCGAUCGUAUAACUCGUGGAACUAAUGAUAUGUUGCCAGAAAGAUUCUUCGGAAACUUCGAGUUGGAUCACUCAGAGAACUUCGACGAGUAUAUGACUGCGAAAGGAUACGGUUGGUUCACUCGCAAGAUGGUCGCUUUUGCCACUUUCAAGAAGGUCUUCGCGAAGACUAAGAGUCCAAACACAUUUGAUUACUCAAACUUGACCUCAAAGAAAGACGUGUUCUACAAGAAUGUUUCUCUAGGCAAGUCGUUUACAGGAGAAGGACUUGAUAGCACCAAGCAUGAGAUCACUUUCUCUCUUAAAAACGGACACUUGUUUGAGCAUCACAAACCACUAGAGGAAGGAGAAGCUAAAGAAGAGACCUAUGAAUACUAUUUCGAUGGUGAUUGGCUUUUGCAAAAAAUGAGCUACAAUGGAGUCGAAGGUCGCAGGUACUACAAGAAGACUCAGUAA